CAGUCUCCUGGUGAAUCAUGGUGAACUGUCAUUGCUAAACACUGGGAAAAAAAGAGGAAAACUUUUUUUUUUUUUACAACAAUUUUACAAUAUAUAUUUGAUAUUUUUUUUUAAACAAUUUCUAAGAAGAGCAUUUUGUUUCUAUUAAUUUGCUUUUCACAAUAAUUUUCGUUCAUUCCUUUCUCUCUUUUGAGAGGUAUUUACAAAAUAUUUAUUCCAGUGUAGAAAAGCUGUGUAACAGAUUUUCAAAAUGACAGAACAAUUUGUAGGAUGCACUGUUUCAAUUACAUGUGUUGAAGAAAUAGGCACUUAUCAAGGGCAAAUUGUCGAUUUUAAUGAUCAAAAAGUAUUGUUGACGAAAGCAUUUUGCAAUGGUGUACCGCAUUCAUCAUCUCGAGUUACUAUAAACGCGAAAGAUAUUUUGGAAAUUUCAAUAAUAUCGAUUAAUGAUGAUGCUGGUAAAAAUGUUGCGGAUGCUGAAACACAAAGUCGAGUUAUUGUUAAAAGACCAAUUGCAAAGCGAGCUGGUAGAUCGACAUCGGAUUUUACACCACCACCUCCACCCGAGGUACAAGUACAAACACAAUUCACUUUGAAAAAGUCUAUUGAAUCUACAUUUCAAAUGGAAAUACCGGCAAACGGAAGAAUAAGUUCAGCUGAAGUUAUAUCUAAAUCGAAUCAAAGAAAAUUGACUCAUAGGCAGAGAAGAAAUGAAAGAGAUGAACAAGCAUUUGGAACGCCAAUUGAUCAAUGUUUAAAACAAGAUUUUGAUUUUGAAAAAAACUUGGCAUUAUUUAACAAAGAGGCUGUUUGGCAAGAAAUAAAUUCAUCGAGACCAGAUAUUGUUCGCCAAUCAGAAAUUAAUAAAGCAAACAAAUCGAGAUAUCGUCACGAUGAAAAUAUUAUUGAAUCAGCGCCAGCGGCAUUUCGUCAAAUAAUCGUACCUUAUCCGGAUAGAACAGAAUAUGUCACGGAUGAUGGUUUAAUCAUUCCAAGCAUCACUUUGGAUCUUCAUCGUCAGUUAAUUGGUGCAGCCGAUCGAUUUGGUAUCACUUGGGAGCGAAGAGUAGAAUUAUUUGGACGUGCUGGAACAGAAAUAAUUCUACAGCUAUUAGGCGGUGGACAUCGUUUCAAUCCAAAUAAUGCUCAUCAACGACCAACAGUUGUUGCACUAUGUGGACCACAUAGAUCAGGUGCCGCUGGUAUUAAUUGUGCUCGUCAACUUUCUAGUCACGGUGUAAAAACAAUUGUAUUCAUUGAAAAUUCCGAAGAUGUUUUUUUACUACAAGAAUUAUCAUUAUAUAAAUUAACAAAUAACAAAGUUGAAUCAGACGUGAAAAAUUUACCGCCCGUUGUUGAUUUAAUAGUAAUGGCAUUGUGUGGAGAAAAUUCACCGAGAACAAUAACGUCUGUUGCAAAAUGGGCAAAUAAUAAUCGAGCGCCAAUAUUGGCAAUAGAACCACCAUCAUCGGGUACACCUGGUGUUUUAAGUAAAUUCAGUUUAUUAGGUGCAUUACCAUUGGCACACAGUACCGAUAAUGGACGAUUAUAUUUGUUAAAUCUCGCCUUACCCAAUAAAGUCUAUUCAGAUGUUGGUAUCACUUAUAGAUCACCAUUUGGUCCUAAAUUUGUUAUUCCAUUACAUGCAAAUGAUUCUUAGCAAGCUGAUGAUAUUACUUCAUUGUUGUUAUUGAGACUUUUGAAUUAAUAAUGUAUAAAAAAAAAAAACCCCCCGACGAGAACAAAAUAUUUAAAUCAAAUGAAUGCAAACAAUUUUUUUUUACACUAAAAUUUCAAUCAGUUUUAAAAAUAACGAACGACUGUAUAUUAAUCGUAAGUUAGCGGAUAAUUGAAUGUAAUCUUUUUUUCUCUUGUUAUAUAUUUAAAAAAAAAAAACUGAUUCGACAAAUUUUGUGUAUUUUUUUUACUUCUUUAAACGCUGUAUUAUUA